AUGGUCAUAUAUUCAUAAACAAAAAAAGUUAAACUUUCUCUCAUAUAUUAUUUGCACAACAAUAUAUAAUACCAAACCAGACAUUAUAUAAGAAAGCAUGGCCAAUUUCCAACCAUUCACGGCCUCAAAUCCAGAUGAAAACCGAUGGGUUAUCCACAUCAAAGAAUCAUUCAUCCAAGAACUUGAAGAUGACAUCGAAAUCCCAGUCACCAUUUUCAACGUCCCAAAACUUCUAAUGGCGUCCGAUCCAUACUCUUACGUCCCUCACCAGAUCGCCAUCGGCCCGUACCAUUACUGGCGUCCCGAGCUCUACGAAAUGGAAAGGUACAAGCUCAAUGCGGCCAAGAGGUUCGCGAAACAUCUCCCCGAAGGCCUCGAGUUCCAAGAAGUCGUCGGGGAGAUCAGACAUUGCAUGCCGAAGAUUCGGGCGUCGUACGACAAGUACUUGAACCUCAAUGACGACACUCUGGCAUGGAUGCUGGCAAUGGACGCAUGUUUCCUCCUCGAGUUUCUCCGUGUUUGCGCUUUGAAAGGCGGAAAAGACGUUCUCGGCAGGGUUACCAAUAGGAUGUCGCAUAUGGUAGACGUUUUCGGGCGAAAAUCGGCUCACAAUGCCACGUUAAGGGACAUCGUGAUGCUCGAGAACCAAAUCCCAUUGUGCAUUUUGAGGAAAAUGUUGGAAUUCGAACUAUCGUCGCAAUACUUGGCCGAUGAAAUGUUGCUCGCCAUGCUCGUAGGAUUGUACAAAGAUCUUUCACCGUUCGCGAAUAUAACUGAUGACUGCUCGUUGGCCAAGGUAAGACUCCAAGAUUGUGCUCAUUUGCUUGACUUCUUCUACCAAGUGAUGGUACCAUCCCAAGUAGAUGUGGAUUAUGUGUCUUGCCAAAUAACAAGAGAUUUAGAAAGAAAGGAUGGUCUUGGACAAGAAAACCAAACCAAUAAUACCCUUUGUAACUCCAACAAUCUCUUUACUAGGCUAGCUAAACAAACAUGGAAGUUUGUUUCCAAUGCUAAAAGUGGGCCUAUGAGUAUUGUUAAUGUCAUUGCAAACUUGCCAUGGGACAUUAUCGGUUCACUUCCACUAGUAAGAAACUUGAAGCAACGUUUUUUCCCUGACGCUCAAGAGAACAAAAAGUUUGAUGAAAACAAUACUGAAGGCGCUUCAGAACGACCUCCACUAUUUGAAGAAAUCGACAUCCCGACAGUGUACCAGCUCACGAAAUCAGGAGUUCGAUUCUUACCCACGAAGUCAGGCAUUCUAAGCAUCGCCUUCGACCCCGCAACCGGUACAUUCCAUCUUCCCGUGGUGAGACUUGACGUGAACUCGCAAGUCCUCCUGAGGAACGUCGUCGCGUACGAGUCGUGCGUCACGUGCGGACCCUUGGUCUUCGCGCGCUACGUCGAGCUGAUGAACGGGAUAAUCGAUUGCGACAAGGAUUGCAAGGAGCUAAGGGAGAAGGGGAUAGUCUUGAACCAUUUGAAGAGUGAUGGGGAAGUGGCUAACCUAUGGAAUGGGAUGAGUAGGUCAAUAAGGUUGACCAAAGUGCCCUUUUUGGACAAGGUGAUUGAAGAUGUGAAUAGGUUCUAUAAUGGUAGGUGGAAGGUCAAAGUAGGGAAGUUCAUGAAAUCCUACAUUUAUGGUUCUUGGAAGAUCCUCACAUUGCUUGCAACGAUUUUGCUCUUAGUGCUUUCGGGCUUAGAGGCAUUUUGUUCGGUGUAUAGCUGCCCUCGUUUGUUUCAUAUUGAUAUAGCCGAUUCUACCACUUAAUUUGUUUAUUCGAUUAUCACAUUUUAAUUAAUUGAUUUAUUUAUUUAUUCAUUUGUAUUGAGUGUGCUGAAUAAAAACUUUAUGACUUUAUUUUAUUUAUUCUUUUUUUAUUCAUUGUAAUAAUAAAUAAAUGGUGUUUAU